AUGGUUGGCUUGUGGUUGCUCUGGUGGCUCUGCCAUUUAGCAUUCGUCGUUCCCAGCUCCUCCAGCAGAACGCGCAUAGUGGGCGGCAAGGAGACAACUAUUUCGGAGGUUCCGUACCUGGUUUACCUGCGGCAAAAUGGUCACUUUAUCUGCGGAGGAUCCCUAAUCUCCACCACAGUAGUCCUAAGUGCAGCGCAUUGUGUUUAUGGAUCCCAGCCGGUGGACUUUACGAUUCAUGCCGGCGCAAGUCGUUUGGAGCAAGAAGCUCCAGUGGCUCGCAAUGUAGCUAUGUUUCACACUUCGCCCAGCUACUCUUCCACCAACUUCGACAUGGACGUAGCUUUGCUGGAGCUGCAGGAGGCCGCUUUGCUAAUCCACGGUAAAGUCGCCACAAUUAGUCCUUGUCGCAAUCCGCCGGAGGGUAAUGCGUAUGCCAGGAUUAGUGGUUGGGGAGUGACCCGCGAAAACGACCGUGAUCCUGCCGAACAGGUCCGCACUGCCACUGUGCGAGUGCUUCCAGGAGCGGAAUGUAAGCUCUCAUAUGCCGGAGUUGGCCAAUUAAGCGAUUCUAUGCUAUGUGCCGCCGUGCGCGGUCUCCGCGAUUCUUGCUCUGGAGAUUCCGGAGGUCCUUUGGUCUACCGCGGUCAGGUUUGUGGCAUUGUCUCCUGGGGAUUCGGCUGCGCACGACCUUCUUUUCCAGGUGUUUACACCAAUGUGGCUAGCGGAAGGGUUCGUGACUUUAUAGAACAAACUUUACGCAGGAUUGGAAACUGAAAUUGUUAUGGAAUGUGCUUGUUGAUUUGCAAUUUGUAUUAAUCAUCUAAUGAUUAUAGCCAUUACAUUUUGAUCAGACAGUAUUGAAUCUUGUUAUUUUUUAAAACUAUUAGACCUCGACAAAUCGUUUCCUUAUUAAUUGAGGUUUCAUGAUCACCAUACCUUUGUAUCGGAAACGGGCUAAAUGGAACAACAUUUAAACGAAAUUAGAAUGGCACGAUGAUCUUAAAAAAAUACAGUUUAAUCGCCAACUAUUCAAUGAACUAAUUUAUGGAUUUGAACCAACGGCAGAAGGUCGGUAAAAGCGCCUAGAAUACCCACAUAAAGCCCCCUUGCGCAGCACUUUUU